AUGAAUAAUUCGUCUAAAAUACCUAUAACAUCUUCCUUAUCAUCGAUUACAACUACAGAUAAUAUACAACAACAACAAACAAUAGUGAAAAAGAAACAAAAACGAAUUAAACGUUGUCACGGUGAUCGAAAAAAACAACGUUAUAGAAAGAAAUGUCGUGCAAAGGGUAUGAAACCAGCUACUAUUGCUAAACGAGUGAAGAAACGAUUUAAGGAUAAUAAUAAUCCAACUACACAACUAGUAACUACAAACGACAAUACAGUAACGAAUACUUCUACAACUUCUCCAUCACAUAAACGUAAACGAGAUUUAACAAUUAAUCAAGUAGUCAGAUCAGCAAGUCAAUUAAGUAUUACAACAUCACCACCGAAAAAAAUGACCAAAACAAAGAUUAAUAAUGCCACAACAACAACAACAGCAGCUACUGCUACAACUACAUCAGUGGUUACGCAUAAUGAUAAUAUAUAUCGAUGUGCACCUUAUCUGAAACGAACAUCAUCAAUACUUUUACAAGCUCUACGUCUACAAUUGGAACAUCCAUUAAAGAAAAAAAUCGAACAAAGAUUCAUUUUUCAACGUCUUCAAUUAUUAGAUAAACAAUUCUGUUUAGAAAUACAUCGAUUUCUAUGGCAAUCUUACUUAAAUAUAGGCUCACAACAACAACAACAACAAUAUACAUGGCCAGAUGAAAUCUAUACUAAGUUUCAAACGAAAGAUUCACGUUUGUGUUAUCAAUCUAUUGAGAAAUAUAUUCAUGAUAUUCAAUAUCAAUUAGAGCAAUGUAAUAAAAUAUUAAUGGAACAAAAUUCAACAUGUCCAGAAAGUAUUUCUAUUGAUAUAUGUGACGUACAUUUAAAGAAAUAUAUUGAAUCACAACAAAAACAAUUUCGUCAAAAAAUCAAUCAUCAAUUAUCUAAAUUCAAAGAGUGUAUUCAAGAACAACAACUCCAUCAUACUUUAUUCAAUGAUAAUGUUACAAAGGAUCAGAAUAAAACUAUACAUCAAUUAAUAAAUAUACAAGAUAAACAAUUGAAUUGUUGA